AUGACACUUUCCAUACUUGUCGCCCUUGCAGUCUGUUUCUCAGUCGGACUUAUCCUGACCAGUGUGCUCACAUACCUUGAGGUCAGAGGCCUUGGAACUAGCCGCUACAGCCACGAGUACGACUACCGAUGGGAAAAGGUUGCGGAAAUUAUCGUUGAUAUCAUUUCGAUAAGCCUGGGAAUCGGUGGCAUCGUUGCAAUCGCGACUGUACCCUAUUCUGGGAAAGAGAUAUACUACUGGCUCGAUGGAUUUCUGAUGUGUAACCUCCAAAUUCUCAACAGCCACAACCUCACUCUAUUGUUGCGAAACUUCCUUUCUCCUCCAUGGGCUAUAUGGGCUGUGCAUCUGAUGGCGUCAACAACUAUACUCGACAUUGUUUCCGCAGUUAAAGGCAAAACGGUGUUAUCUGCGUAUGAGUCGGCAUUGCUUGCUCGUUUCGCUGCCGCAUCACUUGUGUCUCUCGUACUCUCGCUGAAGCAACUGAACGUCCAUAACAACUCAGGAUCUGAGCAGCGAAUCGAGAACUAUGUGCGCCUCCUGCAUACUCUUGUCUUAUCGAACGCAGUUGCUUCGUUGAUUCAAUUGUCUGGCGCAAUCAUUGUCUCUGGUCUCUCACUUGCAGGCAGAGACACUUCGGCGGAGCUCCGGCGAGGCGUGUUCAUUGCCUGCACCGCUACACAGUUGCUGUGUCAUCUCUCCUUUUACAUCAAUCGGAUCUGGCGUGGACUCAUCGUACCGACAAGUGAUUAG